UACGAGCAAGCAAAACAGUCAUUUGAAAAUUAAAAUAAUAAUAACAUAUGUUCGUUCUAGCAACAGUCAAGAUGAGUGACGUGUUGAUACAAACACAACAAUAAGGCAUGUACAGUGUAAACAUGUGUCAGGUCAUCGAGCAUCAAACACACACAUUCAUGCAAAUCAAUCAAAGCAAUGCCAUCAAAUAUCAGCACUGACAAAAAAAACUAUGUACAGUAACAGUGAGAGGCCUUUUUCCAGAACUGGCGCCCUACAUUUCUCACAAUGCAAAUGUCACCGCUGGAGGAAAUGAAUCAGAUUACAUGCAGCUUCCUCUGGAGCCACAGGCUUUACACUGCUUCUUUCACCUGUAGUACUCCUCAUGACCUGUAAACACACUUUAGAAUUGGUGGAAUUGCCCUUUAAUAGAGGACCAGCAUCCAUUUAAAGCGCGCAACAACUGGAGCAGCAACUCCUCCCGUGUGUCCGUCUGACAUCUCGAAACUUCAGACCAUUGAAACAGGUGACGGAGAGCCAAAGAGACAUAGUAGACAUGGCAUGACUGUGGUCCGCCGGGACUGAGUGAUGACGUAGGCUGAGGCUGAAUAAACCGGAGCGCACAGAUGAUGAGCGGAAGCGCCAGCGCGCACCUCCCCAUAAUAAUCCGGCUGAGCAGCGUCGCUGUCUUUUCAGCACCACUCACUGACAAUCCAACCAACCGGAGAGGCAAGACAGACAGAGCUGACUUCUCUGCACCCUGCUGUGGAUCUUCUUUUGUUUUUUCUUCUUUGAUGUAAAGAAUCGAUACAACUUUUUUCCCUCCCUGUGCAGGAGCCGUCAGAUUCUUAUUUUAAUCAACCUGCUGAAAGUAAGAAUUUAGAUUUAUCGGUAUAUAUAUAUAUAUAUAUUUUUUUUUUCAAACAGGACCGACCAUGUGGUUGGUGGAUGUAUGAUUGUUGGAUUUCUCACUGCGGAUUUUGGUGUUUUUUUGUUGUUUUUUUUACGUAUGUGUAAACUUAGUUCUUUGUUUUUUGUUUUUUUCUUUUUAUUAAAAUUUGGAAGUGUAGGAAAAAAUGCCCGCAGCCUCUUGAAUUGACGAGCUGCUGCUGAAAUAACUUUAUAGAAUAUUUCACAGGAGACUUCAAACGUUCACACAGUAAAUCGGGAGCCCUUUUUAUCCCUUUUAAUCCGUGGAAUUUGUGUAUCUCGCCGGGAUGCUGAUCUCACUAGUUGGACUUUUGUUCCUGGUCAGUGGACGCGCGGUGCGGAGCCAGGAUGCUACAGGUAGCCGCUUCGUCUGUAACGCCAUCCCCCCGGGCGCAGAGCCGGGCUGCGGGUACAAUCUCGCGGGGAACCGCGUGCAGAGCAGCAGCCCCGUGGAGGACGAGCUGCGGAACACGAUCAUCCAGCUGCGGGAGACCAUCCUGCAGCAGAAGGAGACCAUCGUCAGCCAGCAGGGGACCAUCAAGGAGCUCAACUCCAAGCUGGCGCGCUGCGAGGCGGCAGCGGACGAGUCGCCGCAGGGCAAGUCGCGGGGUCAGGGCUCCAGACGGAAGGAGUACGGGAAGAACACCAUGGGGGACCUGCCCCGGGACCCCGGCGAGACCAUAGACCAGCUCGGGAAGACGAUGCAGAGUCUGAAGGGUCGGCUGGAGAACUUGGAGCAGCAGAGUUUACGCCUCCCCACCACAAAUGUGUCGGCUGGAAGUGCCUCGGCGCUGGCCCCCCUGCCGCCGGAGUUGCGGGAGCUGCUGCGGCAGCGUCUGGGGGCGCUGGAGACCCAGCUCCUCCGGAAGGUGGCCGAGCUGGAGGAGGAGAAGAGCCAGCUCUACAAUGAAACUGCGGCCCACCGCCAACGCACCGAGAGCACUCUCAAUUCCCUCCUGGAGAGGAUCACCGAGCUGGAGAAAAGUAACAACGCCUUCAAGUCGCCCGAGGAUUUCAAGGUGUCCCUCCCUCUUCGCACCAACUACCUGUACGGGCGCAUCAAGAAGAGCCUGCCAGAGAUGUACGCCUUUACCGUGUGCAUGUGGCUCAAGUCCAGCGCCAGCCCUGGCAUAGGAACCCCGUUCUCUUACGGCGUGCCAGGGCAAGCCAACGAGAUAGUCCUCAUCGAAUGGGGAAACAACCCCAUCGAGCUGCUGGUUAAUGACAAGGUAGCCCAGCUCCCUCUGUCAGUGAGCGACGGCCGCUGGCACCACAUCUGCAUCACCUGGACGACCAGGGACGGUUUCUGGGAGGCUUACCAGGACGGCGAGCGCCUUGGCACCGGGGACAACCUGGCCCCCUGGCAUCCAAUUAAACCUGGAGGGGUGAUCAUCCUCGGCCAGGAGCAGGACGUGGUCGGGGGCCGAUUCGACGCCACCCAGGCCUUCGUGGGCGAGCUGAGCCAGUUCAACAUGUGGGAUCGAGUGCUGCGGCCCGUGGACAUCAUGGGUCUGGCCAACUGCUCGGCGUACAUGCCGGGCAACGUAGUACCUUGGAUCGACGCGAACGUGGAGGUGUUCGGCGGCGCGAGCAAGGCGGCUCUGGAGAUCUGUGAAGACCGCGCUUUUGAUUCCUAAAGGAUCUGGAGCGAGGAGAUCCGGUAUCGCCAGCGAGUAUUCUGACUGCUUGUUGCUUGAGUCAGGAGAGGGUAUAGUGCAACAUUUUUACAUAUUUAUACGCUCUGACUGCUCAAAGACUCUUAUGUUCAUCGGACUCAUGUUGAUGUGUCCAUUCGAUCUGAACCCUGAGGACGUUACAGGAGACUAUAAAUUAGUCGGCUCCUCUGAAGAAGAUAUGCUGUUGCAUCAGUCUAUUCUAACGUUACGACCCACUGUCAGUCUGUGUCUUCUCUCCGGCAGAUCAGCUUUCAUUUGACACCUCUUUGAAAAACGGCUCUUUUUUCGUUGCAUUCCUUAUAGUGACGAUGCUGCACUGUAUUCGUAGUGAAUGUGAGCUCAAACAGGCUUUGAUGUGCUGCGGAACACCAUUCCUGACUUAACGCGGUAGAGAGCACUGUGAGCCUGCUCGCUGUUUAAAGCGCAAUGAGGCACCGGGGUAGAAACGCGGCGUAAUGAGGCGGAGGCUCAUGAGUUCAAAGUGGACGACGGCACAACCCCAUCGCUGUUGAUUAUUUUGAGGCAACAGGGCAGAACGUCUAAUGCAUGAGUGAUGAGUGGAAGGCAUUGGAGAAGAGACGUUGCAUGUUUUCUGUCAACACACGGAGCGCGCGCGUGUGUGUGUGCGUGUGUUUUUGUGCAAUGCGUCCGAACGAGCCAGAGCAGCGUGCUGCUGACACCGUUACGUAAGAGUGUGUGUGUGUGUAUGUUUAUGCGUGUAUGGCUUGUCUUGCGUGUUAAAAGACGAGAGAUUACUAGGGAGGGAGGACAUUUUCAUUCUUGUAAAUCUAUGCUUAAUACCUCUCUGCCCCUUGAGCAGCUGCCAUAUCCCAAACAGCUUUAUGGGCGGGUUGGCUCUGCUCAGGUUAAUAGCGAUGUCGGACAGCUGCCUGGGACUGGCGCAUCGUCAGAGCCGUGGACGCCGGCCCGAGAGAGCCCGGUGAGGGCAGGGCCUAGGCCUGACCUUCAAGGACAAUCCUUAAUUCCUCAUCUGGGUAGUAAUUAUCUGUGUUUGUGAAUGAGUGUGGCGGUGAGCAGCCAGCGGUGUCAAAUGAGAGCAGCACUCGGCCACGGACGUGAUGAAUGUCACCGAACAAGAAGAGAACCCUUUGAUCCACGGAUAUAUAUAUAUUUUUUAAAAAUGUAAGGGAAUCAGUGGAUUCUGGCACGGCUUAAUGAAUAAAAAUGAUGCUUUUUGCAGCUUAAUUUACGUUAGUCCUGAAUGUUGUGGUGCACACGUGUUUCAGUGCUGUUUGUUCUUCAUAAACAGUGAAAUACUGAUAUUAAGCCUGGUGCUGGAGCCUCACGGGGAAAGUUAAAAAAAAAAAAAAAAGAGGCAACAAAGACAUUAACUUUCUUUUCUCCUUACUGAGUAGUUCAGAAGCCAUUAAAAAAAACGCUUUUACCCACCUUAGAGCAACAAUGCAGUCGAAUAAAGAAUAGAAGAUCUGAUGCAGCAGGUUUCGCGGACAGCGCAGAAUGUUAAAAAAGGGAGCACACUCAACGUUAUGAAGCACAUAUUGGAUAUGUCACCAACUGGCUGUGAUUGUUUCCUCUAUUUGAGUGUCUUUGUUCAAAAUGUUUCAAUGUAAAAAUCAAAGUGUAUUUUUCUUCGCUUUUCUUCUGCUUAUGAUUUUUGUCCAUUAGCAGCACAUUAUGUAAAAAAAAACAACAAAAAAACAGAAAAACAAACAGCAGACGUACUUUAAGAAGAAAUGCUUUGUUUUAUUUGGUAUAUGGCCUUUUGUGAGAAACCAUACGUGCUUUUGCUUGUGGACGAUUCACACGGACAAUGAGGGACACAAGAAAAUGGGGGGAAAAAAGAAGUCUUUUGCUAUCAUUGUUUUAAAAAAAAAAGUCACCUUCGCGUCAUUUCUGCCAUGUGGUUGAAUGUCCUUUUGCACCCAAUAAAAAGAGUGAACAAGUUCC